CCGAUUUAUAAACUCAACUUUGAUUGGUUGGUCCCCGCGUCUCGUUGGAUUUGUAAAACUCGGAUACCAUCUGUGGUCGCUGUUGGGCGCCGUCCGGUUCGUCUUGUUUACGUGGAGGACGGACCAUUAUCCCAUGGUCCAGCUUCACAUUUCUGAGCAGGAGACAAGGCGCGGGAGAGAGCCAUGUUGACUUACCCUUCUGACUCACUCCCCCACAUGCUUUUCCCAAUGGAUGAGGAUGCCAUGCCCCCAAACCCUUACUCUAGUGCACCCCCCCACAGUCAACCUCCACUGCCGCUCCUCACCCUUCCCUCCAUCACUCCCAGAGUAAAUGUUGGGACAUCCAGCCACAGGAGGAGCGGCCGCAUUCAAGGGAUCUAUUGUCAGACUCCCCACGCUGAAGUCACGCCGUCCACGCAGAAGCCGUCCUCUUUCAAGAGACAAGGAGACAGUAGGAACAUGGUGCAAGUGUCGAAGCAGCCCAGGGUCGACAGCACAUGUCCACAUGAGAAGCAGGAUGGAAGUGAUUUUAGUGCUGCGGCAGAGUGCCAAAACACGGAGAAGCAGCAAAGCAUCCCUACAGAGAACCAAACUGUGUUCCACAAAGAACGUCUGGCGGAGAGGCUGGAGGCCACACCCGCCGCUCCUGCCUCCUCCGUGUCCGUCCUGGAUCCGCACAACGCGACCGCUUCGGCUCCUGCGGGAUGGGUCAACCCUUUUUUUCAGUCCUUCAAGUCCAAGAUGGCCACCUUCACCGAAAUAGUCAUGAGUCCUGUUAAACUCCUCAAAGACAAAAGCAUUCCUCUUCUGCACGCGCUGAUCGAGCAGGAUGACAGAGAAGCUCCCAAGCGGAGUUUGUCCACUCAGGUCCAUCAACCUGACCCAAAAAGUGACUCCCAGUGUUCUAGGAGAUUGUUUAACGUGGACUCAUCAGCUUCACCAGAGCACACGACUCAAGUGCCUUCACCCUGCAACACGCCAACGAACCAUCUGCCAGCACAGGAGACCUUUGUAAAGAUGGCCGACGUCAUGGAGGAAGAGGAGGUACUCGAAGAAACUGGGCUCAUAAAAGCCCGGCUGAGGAAGCAAACCGGAAGUAAAGAUAACAUUGAAAUAUCUCCACCCUCAUUUCCUUGUGAGUCCGUGCUUCAUGACCAUGUGAAGAUCCCAAAAAAUAAAAGCCUGCUCCGGGUGGAACUUAAGAAGGACGCCACAACCAACUCUGGCCUUUUGCAGUCCAAGAGACCGCUAAAACCCAAUUGUAACUUCAAAGUCCUGGUCCAGAUCAAAAGAAUGAAGGUGACUUCAAGCCCGACAGAGUCCAAAAAUCAAGUCGAGCUCGUUGGACAGGCACCGCUCACACAGGAAGUUGUGUUUGCAGAAGCAGCUUUACACGGACAGGAAAUGCUCAAGCCUGCCGCCAGGACACGGAAUGUUGCAGCGAGAGUGAAGCGGAAAGUAAAAGGUGGGCCAGAACUGAAUGGAGCAUCAGGCCCGCCGGCCCAAAGUGCCUCAGGAGCCACCUCAGUGGACUCUCUGCUUCCAGUCGGCAACGAGAGCAAGCAGAAAGGCGGCGGCAACAGGAAGAUGAAGCCCGGCCCCGUGUGCAGAACGCACAAGGCGAGAGGCGACCUCUGUGAACCCGACGUCGGUGCUGACCCGGUAGUCACGCCCGCUCAACAGGUUCUGCUGCAGGGAGUGAGCGAAGGCAAGAAUGUAAACACCAAUGCACGCAAACGCAAAUCGCUCAUCUCGUCGCAGCCCGACGCACUCGCAUGCUUAUCUUCUGAGCACGUGCGAAACACGACCCGCAGUCUGGCCGUCAAGAAAGCCAAGAAUUGUUCUGAAUGUUCCGUCUCAGACGGGAUUCAACAGCUCAGCCACGUCCAAAGCAAAAGAACUAAAUCUAAAAUGUCCACGGAACCACUUUAUUUUGAAAUGACGCCGUUUGAAGGGAACGGACAGUCGGAUCUUCCGUCCCUCAGAACCCACUCAGAAUGUAGCGAGAUGUUCGACAUUGAUGUUGCUUCCUGUGACGCUCAGGAGGCAGAUGAUCCAAACUCCAGCGCCUCCAGGUUACGGACCAGCGCAAGGAGGGCGAACAGGAAGCAGCCCCGAGCGGAUCACCACUGGCGGCGUUCCAAACCGGGUCGCGCCGACAGGACCAACUCGGCCACCACGGAGGACCUGCCGACGUAUGUGAGCCCCAAAGAAAGCCGGAACCACCUACUGCGCAGCUUUUCCUGCCCGGAGAUCCCCUCGCUCUACGCCGCGACCCGCUCCCCACUUCCUGGGUCGCACCAGCAGCUGCCUGCGCACGCCUCCGUCCUCGCUCAUGUUCUCCAAGGCUCGCGUCGGGCCCGACGCCACACGGUGGGCAGCAUGGAGGUAGAGAGGGAGCUCGCCCCCCUGUGCCUGCGGAAGGAGGUGUACCCAUCCAGGCGCUCCGUCCCAUACGACCUGACGUCCCACAGCCUGUCCCCCAGCUCCUCCCUCACACUGCUGGCUUCCUGUUUCCUCUCCAGCCCCCUCGCCUUUCUCUCGGGGAGGGGCGAGGCCGCCAUAUUAAGCCACACGCCCUCUUCUUCGCCGUUACUCAUGAGUCGCACCUGUGGCACCCUAGACGCCGGCACCAGCGGGAAUGUGCUGCAGUCUGACGGGAGACAUCAGAGCGAGGAAGAGGAGGAGGACGCCAGCUCUUCCAGUCAGGAGUUUGACGAAGCAGCACUGAGAGAAGAAAAGUUUCUGUCCGACUCUGAACUCAAGGUGGGGCAAAAGCACGAGGAGCGGGGAAAGGUGUCGUGCAUUCGAAUUCGCAAAGCGCUGCCCAAACCUCAGAACAACCUGACACCCAUGGGCCUCCCGAAACCUGUCAGGAUUAAGAAGAAGCAGUUUAGUUUGGAGGAAAUUUACACCAACAAGAACUUCUGCAAACCUCCUGAAAGCCGGCUGGAGACAAUCUUCGAGGUUCCGCUCAGUCGACGCAACGGCUCCGAGUCCUGCUUCGGCCAGCGGCGCUUCAAGCGCUUCUUGGAGUUCCUGGAAGUGGGCGAGGCCAGGAAGCCAAAGAAGCCGCCGGUGGGCGUGGGUAAGUCGUCACGCACCAGGCGAGGGGGCUUCGCCAAAGACGACGACGCUGCCGCCGCCCUCCAGGCGCCGGACCCCGACACGCUUCUCUGCGCCAAGCUGGACCAGCUCAACUUGUGGCUGAUCCACGACCAGGUGGACUGUUGACCUGUUUGACCGCCAUCUUCUCUCCCCCCCCCCUAAUGUCCCCUGAACGCAUCGCCGCACUGGAAGCCUUCUGGAGUGUUGUUUUUUUUUUACUCCUGCGUUCUUCCUGUCAGUGUGGUCGUCAUGGUUACCUCUGUAGUAUACUGGCAGCUCUUAUUUAUUACGCUAGUUGCGACGCGCCACUGUUGUCGUGCGCGUGUUGUGCUGUUGCCAAGCGACCAGGGUGCGAACAAGGUGGCCUUAAUGGUAAACAUUGAACUUGUGGGCGUGUUUGUUUUGUUACCGUGCUUCAAGUGACUCCCACAAUUUUUUAAAGCAUUCAUUAUAAAAAUCGUUUAUUUCUAUAAAAGCACAACACAUAGAGGCAGUUAUUAAUAAAGUAAGAAUGCAAUAAUUACGUUACUGCCAUGUCGACUAAUUUAUUGGCUUCUCUACUGCCUUCAGUAUUGUGGAAUUGUUAUGAAGUAGUUGUCGCCAGCUUGUAGUUUUAUACCGAGCGUCGUCAUGGUGGACAAUAAAUAAAUAUCAGCCUAUAAACAUGUUUGUACAAGUCUGCGUGUUCUCCCGUGACGUCCGUCUCAGUCUAGCAGCGUGACCAAGUAGGAGAUGAGCGCCAUCAGGAGCGGCGCCAAGACCAGGAUGGCAAACCACGUCACGAUGGAGAUGAUGGCAAACUUUCUGGCUCGCCGCGAAAACUUCCUGGACGCCUUCUCGUUCGGUUCCCACUCGGCCUGUUGGGGGGAAGCAGGGGGCAAACACCUUUUUUGUCGUUUGGUUGUCACGGCAAUCAAUGAAAAACACAUCAUCCAGCUAAAAUGUUGAUAUAUAGUCUUCAAAAUUAUCAUAACUAUUAAUGUGGAGGUCAGGGUCUACAACCAUUUCCAGGCCAAGGACCCCUAGACUGGUGAAGCAGAGACCCCUGCCUUUAUACACUAUAUUGCCAAAAGUAUUUGGCCACCCAUCCAAAUGAUCAGAAUCAGGUGUCCUAAUCAUUUGGAGGAAUUAUUGUGUGGGGCUGUUUUUCAGGAGUUGGGCUUGUUGACCCCUUAGAUCCAGUGAAAGGAACUUUGAAUGCUCCAGGAUACUAAAACAUUUUGGACAAUUCCAUGCUCCCAACCUUGUGGGAACAGUUUGGAGCGAGCCCCUUCUUCUUCCAACAUGACUGCACAAAGCAAGGUCCAUAAAGACAUGGAUGACGGAGUCUGGUGUGGAUGAACUUGACUGGCCUGCACAGAGUCCUGACCUGAACCCAAUUAGAACACCUUUGGAAUGAAUUACAAACCCCGUUUCCAUAUGAGUUGGGAAAUUGUGUUAGAUGUAAAUAUAAACGGAAUACAAUGAUUUGCAAAUCAUUUUCAACCCAUAUUCAGUUGAUUAUGCUACAAAGACAACAUAUUUGAUGUUCAAACUGAUAAACAUUUUUUUGUUUGCAAAUAAUCAUUAACUUUAUAAUUUGAUGCCAGCAACACGUGAAAAAGAAUUUGGGAAAGGUGGCAAUAAAUACUGAUAAAGUUGAGGAAUGCUCAUCAAACACUUAUUUGGAACAUCCUACAGGUGAACAGGUAAAUUGAGAACAGGUGGGUGCCAUGAUUGGGUAUAAAAGUAGAUUCCAUGAAAUGCUCAGUCAUUCACAAACGAGGAUGGGGCGAGGGUCACCACUUUG